AAAAAAUUAUGACGUAGAGGCACACCUCCAGCUUGGAAGGACACCAGCCGGCCGAGGAGGCACCUCAGCGCCAAGGACAGGCCGAGCAGACCAGCUCCUCCGGCCGCAGCGGCGGGCGCAACUCUCGGUCCGGCACAUCGUGAGAUCCCUGUGCCCACGGUGUGUCACCGCGGCUGGCAGGACUCAUUUGCCUAUCGAACAGACCAGCGGGGACAAUGCCGAGAGAGAGAGCUGAUUUUGACUCAGACAACAUGUCAAGCACUCAGAUAGACAAUGGCUCUGCAAACUCAGCAGAAGCCAAGAAAACAGACCUGAGAAUGAAUGAAAAGAAAUGCUCAUGGGCUUCCUAUAUGACUAAUUCUCCAACAAUGAUCGUAAUGAUUGGCCUGCCUGCAAGAGGGAAGACCUACAUGUCAAAGAAGCUCACACGUUACCUCAACUGGAUCGGAGUCCCAACAAAAGUGUUUAACUUGGGCGUGUACCGCAGAGAGGCAGUCAGAGCUUAUAAAUCCUAUGAUUUCUUCCGCCACGACAAUGAGGAGGCCAUGAAAAUCAGGAAGCAGUGUGCUCUGGUAGCUCUGCAGGAUGUGAAGGCGUACCUGACGAAGGAGGGAGGUCAGAUCGCGGUGUUUGAUGCAACAAACACAACAAGAGAACGGCGAGACCUCAUUCUAGCUUUUGUGAAGGAGAAUGCGUUCAAGGUGUUCUUUGUGGAGUCAGUGUGUGACGACCCAGAGGUCAUUGCUGCUAAUAUUCUGGAAGUGAAAGUGUCUAGUCCAGACUACCCGGAGAGACACAGAGAGAGAGUAAUGGAUGACUUCCUCAAACGAAUCGAGUGCUACAAGGUUACCUACCAACCAUUAGAUCCUGAUGAUUACGACAAGGACCUAUCUUUUAUCAAGGUGAUGAACGUGGGCCGGCGUUUUCUGGUGAACCGGGUGCAGGACUACAUCCAGAGUAAGAUUGUCUACUACCUCAUGAACAUCCAUGUGCACUCUCACUCCAUCUACCUGUGUCGGCAUGGAGAGAGCAACCACAACGUUGAAGGCCGCAUCGGAGGAGACUCUGAACUUUCUCCUAGAGGGAAGCAGUUUGCCCAUGCCCUGCGAGAUUUCAUUGAAGAGCACAGACUGUCAGAUUUGAAGGUGUGGACGAGCCAACUGCGAAGAACCAUCCAGACAGCGGAAGAGCUAGGUGUUCCUUAUGAACAGUGGAAGAUACUCAACGAGAUUGAUGCUGGUGUGUGUGAGGAGAUGACUUAUGAGAUGAUCCAGAACACAUUCCCGGAGGAGUUUGCUUUGAGGGACCAGGACAAGUACCACUAUCGCUAUCCAGGAGGAGAGUCCUACCAAGACCUUGUUCAACGUUUGGAGCCAGUUAUCAUGGAGUUAGAGAGACAGGGCAACGUGUUGGUCAUCUGCCACCAGGCUGUGAUGCGCUGUCUGCUAGCUUACUUCCUGGACAAGAGUGCAGAAGAUCUACCAUACAUGAAAUGUCCGCUCCACACAGUACUCAAGCUAACCCCUGUUGCAUAUGGUUGUAAAGUGGAAAUGUUUUAUCUAAAUGUGGAGGCAGUUAACACACAUCGAGACCGGCCUCUUGGUAAAAUCCCGAUGGACUCUGCUCUCAUACAUCGGCGGAAUAGUUACACUCCCUUGGCCAGUCACGACCAGGUCAAGCGUCCCAGGCUCUACAGCGCGGGCAACCAGCCCUGGCUACCGCUCGCCCCCACCCCAUCAGCUCUGAUGCCAGAGGGACGGCAAAGCCAAGUUAGUGCCAGAGUUACAGGCUACCCCUCUAAAUCAGUCACCGUCAACUGUAAUCAGUCACCUCCCACCACAGUUGUAACCCUGUGUUUGGCAUACCCUCGCCUCAGUGUUGGAUCCUCUUGAAGAUUUAGUGUCUGUGUUGAAAAUGACGCACAUGGAAUCCAUCUCUCUAUCUAUCUUUCUCUCUCAGGGCAUGUUCUGGAUCUUGAAUGGGUUGCUCUCUUCUUUUAAUGUUGUGCCUGUGUCUUGUUUCCAAUGUCACAUGUUUGUCUUGCAUGACCUCUGCUUCACCACUGGGCUGUCUCCGGCUUGAAUAUGCAGAACAGCAUGUUUUGCUAAGGAAGGUUCCUCAUGAGUUAGUCUUUAUAGGAUACAAAAGACACACAAACGUCAAAGAUAUCUUGUACUAUAUUUUGUUACAAGUGAUAAUGUACACAUUAUUAGAUAUACAUAACUUUUAUAACUCUACAGUGACAAUUCCAUUUUUAAAACUGAAUCCCAUUUGAGAAAACUUGAGGGCAAUUUGAGAAAAUUACCAUAAUACAUAAAUGACCGAUUUCACACUUAGAAAAAAUAUGAAAUUUAAAAAUGCAUAUUCAUAUUUGUACGUUUUGUGUAUUUGUUGGCCUUGCCUCGUGGGUGCAGUGCUUCAGCCCUUCUCCACAUUUCUAUCUAUCUCUCUUUCUCCACUUUCUCCAAACCUGUCUUACAGCCUCGGAUAGGAAGCGGUUGUCUGUGAGUAUUUUGGAGACUCAGUAUAGCCAGCUCUUCAUUUUCUUUCGCAUAAUUCAACUCAUGUCAUUGUAACCCAUGUCAAUAUGUUGUCACAGUGGUGUAUUUUUUUAUGCUUUUCAGUCUUUGGGUUUCUCUAACCUUCCAUUACCUUUGAACUUUAGAGUGAAAGCUGCUGUCGGCUUUGUUUCAUCUCAGCGGCCUUAUCAAGAACACUAUAUCAGACACUGAUUCCUUGGUAGUUUAAUAAAUAGCAGCAACAAUGAAAUCGACUUAAAUAAAACUCUGAUGACAAAUUUUGUUUGACACCUACCCUAUAAGGAUAUUUGAGUAUUGAUUUCCUUGUUAUUGCAAGUGACGUGUACUAGAUUGUGAUUUGGGGCCAAUCAUGCACACUGUGAGAAUGUGAUUAAUAGUGAAUCACUUCUUGAGAAUGUGCUAAAGAAGAGUCUCAACUGAUGGUCCACACUUCACAUAAUGACCUAAUUUUUCAAAUAGGAACUUAAGACUCCUGGGCCCCCUGGGAAGCUACUGGUUUCCUCGAAUAGGAUUUGCUGCUGUAAGUCAUUAAUUUGUGAAUGUCAGUGACAUUUCCUUUUUCUUGAAGGAGUCCCUGUGCGAAGGAAUCGACUUUGACAGCCCCGAAGAAACUAGUGGCUGUGUCCGCUUCUGAGUGAAGAUGAAAGCCUCUUUCUUCACUGCACAAUGUGGGUAAAAGUUCUGGGUUAAGUCAUGAAUCCAAAGAUAGA